GGAAUGAUAUAAGUAACAAUAGCGGGUAUUCAGUUCAAAUCUGCUAUGUUAUCAGAUCUUCAUCUCAUCUCCCAAUCUUUUUCUUUGUAAAAAAUUUUUUCCUGCUUGUGAUGAAAAAUCCACUGACUAUGCCGAAUAAACCAAAAAAGACAACUGGAACCAAGCAGAGCUCAAAAAGCAAUGCUGAAUCCGAGGAAAGUUUGAAAAAGGCUGCGCAUGGACCCGCGCCGCCCACGACACAAUUGUCCAAAAUUAAGUUCAAUCCAAAUGCGCCAAUUAGAAAAGAGAAGAGGCAAAACUCUUCUCGGUUCAACAUCAGUAAAAACAGGGAACUUACCAAGCUUCCCAAUAUCAUGGAAGCUGCAUCGGACGCUCGCGAGGAUUUAUUUAUUCAGAAGCUGAGGCAGUGUUGCACCAUAUUUGAUUUCGUGUUGGACCCAUUGAGUGAUUUGAAGUCGAAAGAAAUUAAACGAGCAGUUCUGAAUGAAUUAGUAGAGUAUGUUGCCCAUAACAGGGACGUGAUUACCGAGCCGAUAUACCCAGAAGCAAUUAAUAUGUUUGCCGUGAAUAUGUUCAGGUCUCUACCACCUGCAUCUAGUCCCACAGGAGCCGAGUUUGACCCAGAGGAGGACGAGCCGGCUCUAGAGGCUGCCUGGCCACAUCUCCAGAUAGUUCACGAAUUUUUUCUCCGGUUCUUGGAGUCUCCUGAUUUUCAACCAAAUAUCGCUAAACGGUAUAUCGACCAGAAGUUUGUUCUGCAGCUGAUUGAGUUAUUUGACAGCGAAGAUCCUCGGGAAAGAGAUUUUUUGAAGACUACGUUGCAUAGAAUCUAUGGAAAAUUUCUAGGUCUCAGAGCUUACAUCCGCAAACAGAUCAAUAACGUCUUCUAUAGGUUUAUUUACGAAACGGAAAAGCACAACGGAGUCGCUGAACUGCUCGAAAUCCUCGGCAGCAUCAUCAACGGAUUCGCGCUGCCGCUGAAGGAGGAGCACAAGGUGUUUUUGCUGAAAGUGCUGCUGCCCCUGCACAAGGUGCGCUCUCUCGCAGUCUACCAUCCACAGCUUGCUUACUGUGUGGUCCAGUUCCUCGAGAAGGACAAGGCACUCACUCACCCUGUCAUUAUGGGCCUCCUUAAAUUCUGGCCCAAGGUCCACAGUCCCAAGGAGGUCAUGUUUCUGAAUGAGUUGGAGGAGAUAUUGGAUGCUAUUAAGCCGGAGCAGUUCCAGGAUGUGAUGGUGCCUCUGUUCAAACAGCUGGCCAAGUGCGUCGCCAGUCCCCACUUCCAGGUGGCGGAGCGAACCCUGUACUUCUUCAACAACGAGGUCAUAGUCGGUCUGAUGCAGCAGAACACUGCAGUCAUCAUGCCCAUCCUGUUCCCCGCCCUCUACAAGCACUCGAAGACACAUUGGAACAAGACGAUCCACUCCCUCAUCUACAAUGGACUGAAGUUGCUGAUGGAUAUGGACCAGAAGUUGUUCGAUGACUGUGUGCACCAGUACAAGGCAGACAGACAGAAGGAGAAGGAACUGGCCCACAAUAGACAGAAUGUGUGGCUCCGGAUCAAAGACUGUGCCGACAAGAACCCCAACGCUAAGUUGGUGCAACAGCACUUCGACGGGGGCGCGGGAGACGUGACGCUGGUGCUGAACACUCUACAGGCCAGUGCGGGCGACGAGGACCCGGAAACAGACCCGGAUGCCCUGCCGACCCCAGAUGAACUGCACUCGACUAUACCUGUCCAAGCAGCACAGGCACCCACAGCUGCUGCACAAGCACCCGUGGCUAAGGCGACAGUUGCGGCGCCGGUGGUGACAGGGGACGGGACUAGUGCUGCUGCGGUGAUGCGGAGAAAGAGUGAACUGCCUCAGGACAUCUACACGCAGAAGGCACUCGAGUCACACAAGAGCCACGACGCACCAGGCCUCAAAACCAACCCAGAGAGCAAUGCAUAGACGGGGCCGAGGGGUUUGGGGGGGGGGGGGGUUAGAAGAGAAGAUAAGAGAAGAGAAGCAAAUCAAAUCAUAGAACACAACAACCACUACCCCCUACUCCCUCCUUACGUCUCAAAACAGAUACGAUAACAGAAACUGAGUGUAAAGCAAAGGAGAAAAAAAUAAAAUCAGUUCAGUAAUAACCUGGUCGAAUUAGUAAAAUUGAAAAUAAACAAACUGAAUUAUCAGUAGCAUUUAAAUCUCAAUAUACUAUAUCUCAGUCUCCUUGCCCCUCCCCCUCCCCCCUCCCACACACACAAUAGAUUUUUGUCAGUUAUUGCUGUGCAUGCUAGACAAAACCAGCUGAAAAAACAAUUUGAGAACGUUGAGAGUCUUUUUCAUUGGAACCCGGAGUAAAUUUUGGAGACUCAGAAAGCAGUUACGUUUAGCUUUUUGCUUGAACCUCAACUGUGCCCUGCUCCCAACUGAAUCAUAGAGACGUUUCCUCGAAACACUCUUCCUCCUCCUCCUCGUCCUCAGUUUGAAUUAUAUCGAAUAAAUUAAUCGUCUCCUCGGCAGAAAAAGAGAGCAAAAUCGCACCCAUUGUUAUUGCCAUUGGCGCCAUGCUGUAUGAUUUAAUCGUUGACUGUUUCUGUUCGAGUAGUUUUCAGUACAUGUCUAGUUUGUUCUACAUUCAAAUCAACUCAUUUCAACUCAACCAAUACAACAUGUUACCUUCCCUUUCCACAAGCAUCGAUGAAGUAAUGCAUAAUUCGAUAUUUUCAAUUGAUUUAAAGUCCGAGUGGAUGAGUAAAUUCAGGCUGUUAUUGGUGCAAAUAUCCCUGCCCAGUAUUUAAUAAGGCCCCGUCCGAGAAAAAAAAACAAGUGCUAAAUUAUUUUAUGUAGAGCAUUCAUAUACCCCUCGUCCAACUAUCUCCGUGAAAAAGAUGAAAAAUCUAUCAUUUAGUCACCCAAAUGAGAAAAACUUCGAAUAGACUGCAUAACACUGUACAGAUUUAUGCUCCAAGUGAACAAAUAAAAUGAGCUGUUGUGAAAUGUUUAAAAAUGUCUUGUAGUUGUUGCACCAUGAAAGUAAACAAUCAAUGAGCUACAUUGUGUCGGUGUGCAAUCUCAAAAAGCGAUAAUCCUUUCACACUAGUAUAUUAAUAAAUUAGGAGACUCAAUAAUUUAAACGGGUUGUUCUCUUUGACCUUUAACAGUUAACUUCAUCUGAGUGGUUCAUAACUGGUCAACGAGUGGCUACUGACAGUGUCCCCUUUUACCCAUUGGCCAACUGGGCAACAAAUAUGUUUACUCAGUCAUUGAAUGGAAAAUGUUGCAUAUUUUAACAGUCACCCAAUUCUGAAAGCAUUACAUAUUUUUAUAAUUCAAACAAAUAAUUAACAGUCUUAUUUACAACUUUUUGGCUUUGAAUUGCUUCCAGAAUUGAAAAUUCCCCAUCCAUGUUUUCCAUAAGAAUGCUAAAAGAUGUCAGAAGUGAACUUUAUAGCUGCUGCUGCUGCUGUUAACGAUGAAGAUGAUUUCAAGUUUGGUAUAGUAUUAUUUCGCUCCUCUUCUCUCUAAGCCAUCACACAAUUCGAGUUUUAUUAAUGAUGAGAGUAAAGAAUUUAAUUCAUUUUUCAUUUAACUCAA